GUGCGUUAAUUUGUGUUUUUGCCAUUUCAUCUCAGCUUCAAGUGCACGUUCAUCCCUUUUUGUGUAAUCUACGACAUUAAUCGUUGUCACGGUCAUGGAGCAGAAAGCAAGAAAGCGUCGUGCAGUGAAAACCGGUCCAGAGGAAGAAUCUGAGCAUCAGCAUCAGGCUGAGCCUGAUGUAGAACCAACCGAAAACACGGCAAAGGGUAGAGCCAGACAGGCAGCAGUAAAAAAGACCAAACUCAAAGGGACGAAACAAACUGAGUCCGAUCCAGCCACCGAGGAACCGGAAGCAGUGUCCGAGUUGAGUGAUGCGAAUGGAGCGAAAAAGACAACGAAAUCACGUCGUCCGUCAAAGGCCAAAGAACCAAGGUCAGAGGAAACCGAUGAAGCGGAAGGAGAAGGCGUAAAACCAUCUAUUGCAAAAACCAAAGCGAAGACCACUGCUCAAAGGAAGGCGACGAAUUCGGCCAAAACGCAGGAUGGCGAUGGAACAACGAAAGAAACUAAAACAAGGCGUGCCUCGAAAAAAGAGAGUUCAAAGGAACCGACCGCUAAUGGAAAAGCUGCUGUUGCGUCGUCGGAAAACGGAACGCCUGAGUCGAAGAAAUCGGCAACAUCAAGCAAAGGAAAACUUUCCACAGUUCUCGAACUGGACGAAGCAACCGAGGCGGUGACGAAACCCAGAAAAGGUCGCGGAAAAGCUAAGGAAAUCAUACCCGAAGCACCACCGUCUGAGAUUGAAAAACCCAAAAAAGGACGCGGAAAAGCUAAGGUUCCAGAAACGCCUCAAAUGAACGAAAAUGAUAACAUCGCGGCCAAUGCACAACCCGUGGAAGAGAAGCCCCUAAAAGGGCGUGGAAACGCUAAGGCAAAAGCCUCCGAGCCUGCCUUGAAGGAUGAAUUUGUUUCGAAGCGCAAUCGGAAGGGUAAAGAAUCGUCGCCGUCGAAGCAGAUUGGGGAUUUGACAGAACCGGCUACCAAGCCUACUACUGCUCGAGGAAAGAAAAAGGUUGAAGCCUCUUCUGAGGAUGCAGCGAACGGAGACCCUUCAGUCGAAACCGGAGCUAAUGGGACUUCGGAAUCAAUUGCAAAUGCUGCUGCUCCUACUAAUGGAGUAACACAGCGAAAAAGACGCAACGUCGCUGAUGUGGAUGCUGAAGAAACACCAGCACUGAAGGUAUCCGCGAAGGACAAGAAAACAUCGGUCCCAAAGAUGAACAAAUGCUCCACUGAUUACACUGGGCUCAGCUUUGCCCUAGAGAAGGACGCUCUGUGGAACUACAAAAUCUCGAGCUGGAAUCUAGCCGGACUGCGUAGCUGGGUGGGCAAGGGAGGUCUACAGUACAUCGAGCAUGAACAACCGGACAUAUUGUGCUUGCAGGAGACGAAGUGUACCGAAGAUCAGCUGCCAGACGAAGCUCGCCACAUUCCGGGUUAUCACCCAUACUGGCUGUGCAAACCGGGGGGCUAUGCAGGCGUGGCCAUUUACUCGCGCAAAAUGCCAAUUUUCGUGACAUACGGUUUGGGUGAUGACGAGCAAGAUCAGGACGGUCGCUUGCUGACCGCGGAGUACGAAAAGUUUUAUCUGGUGUGCGUGUAUGUUCCAAAUGCCGGCAACAAGCUGGUAACACUGCCGAAGCGCAUGCGGUGGGACGAGAAGUUUCACCAAUAUCUGCAGGAGCUGGACCGAAAAAAGCCGGUCAUACUGUGCGGAGAUAUGAAUGUGGCGCACGAGGAGAUUGACUUGGCGAACCCGAAAACCAACCGCAAAAAUGCCGGAUUCACACAGGAAGAAAGGGACGGUAUGACUCGGUUGCUGUCGUACGGGUUUGUAGACACGUUCCGCAAGCUUUAUCCGGAGCGCAAGGCCGCCUAUACCUUCUGGACGUACAUGGGUGGGGCGCGGGCCAAGAACGUAGGGUGGCGAUUGGAUUAUUUCAUCGUUUCCGAACGGCUGGCGGAUAAGGUGACCGAUAAUGUAAUGCGAACCCAGGUGUACGGAAGUGACCACUGUCCCGUUACUUUGUUUUUAAAUCUUUAAACAAAUCUUUUCGUUUUACCACUAUCGGCUACGUUUUGUCUUGUGUUAGACUUUGGUCGGUCUACACUGUUUAUGUUUUAAUCCUACAACACUAUUGUUUCAUAAUAAUUUCGCGUUUUAACAAGGGAAUGGCACCAUCCCAAAUAUACGAGCUCAUCAAUAAACACGAGCUUCGUAACUAACAUUUCAACCAAUAUUACUUAACAUUUUAUUUAACUGAAGUAGCCUACGAAUCUUCAACAAACGGUCUUUAAUUUACAAAGGCUAAU